AUGCAAAGAUCAAAAGCUGAAGAAGACAUCGGGGAAGAUACGUGCUGCAUCCGGUCACCGAGGAAGAACCUUUUCGAAGGAUACUGUGAGCAAGAUAAAUUCGACGGGGGUGGUUUGGUAAUUCAAUAUCGCUUCAAUGGUUCCGUUGACUUCUACCGCGGUUGGAAGGAUACAGGAACGGUUUGGUGCAAUUGGCGGAGAAUUUUGGUUGGGCCUGGGAAAACGGUACAUCGGUCUAACGAAGGACAAAAUUUCACGUUGAUGAUAGAAAUGGAAGACUUCAACGGAGGCUACGCUUACGCCAAGUACGAUAGAUUUGAAAUUGGAAGUGAGGAGGAGUGGUACUCGCUGAAAAGGUUGGGUAGCUACAGUGGAACUUGCGGGAGAUGGAUGUUGUAUAGCGCAGGAUGA